AUGGUGGCCGCGCCCUUUUCCCGUCAUAUGUGCCUUUUCGGCUUCGACCAUGAUACCCAAGCGAGAUUAGUGUUCGAUAACAUUUGGGCAGCGUCUUUCUUGACGAGGUCAUAUACAGAUGAGAAGCACGAGUACGUCAAGCGGUUCGACGCCGACCAACAUGCAAAGCAAGAACUCAAGUAUGGCAACAAUGUCUACGUUCUUUUCAAAGCGCUUCUCUAUUGCGGCAAGUACUGGGGCCAGGACAGCUUCUGGAGCGCCAUUGGCCGCGGCUUCAGCGCUAAAGCUGUCUACGUUGAGGAGUUGACCUACAUGCUCAUGGAAGCCCGCAAAAUCCAACGGACCAGAAGGCAAAUCCGUCCUCACGACUCCGAUGUUACGCGCGCGGUAGAUGAUUGGAUGGCUUUUCUUGACGCCCAUGGCCCCGAAUUGGAGAUGGCCCUCCGUAGCCGCACGGUCCGCGCUGUUACCGAUCCCAGACUCACCGGUGAUGCGGAUUCCUUUUUUGCGAGCAUGAGAGGAACACUCGUUAAUUGCAACAACAUCCCCCUGAGCCUCAUUGGUAGACCACCAUGCCCCAGGAUACUUGCGGCCACUCGAACUCCCUAUCGCCCAAUCCCCCCGAUCCAUCACGGGCAUGAUCUCCCACCUCGACCAGCAUCACCGCCUGUUAAGAACGAACCUCGGCCUGCUGGGACUGGUUGGGAAUACUUGCUAGAGCCUAACCGGAACGCCGCGCGGGAACCUUUGCGCAAGCGCUCAGGCUCGCCGUUUUCUCGUGACUCAGACGACAAUCCUCCAUACAAACGACACCAUGGCAGCUCCGAAUGGGAGUCGGAACAACAAUCGCCUCCACGCUGGAAUUAUCCAGAGCCAAGGGUUGGCUCGCGACAGCGUGAUGAGCGACCGGAUCACGACGAGUUUGAUCAACGAUCGCCACCGCUCGUCCCACGAUCCGGUGAUUUCUGGCCACCACGGGGACCCCAUGUGCCCCAGUCUCGGGUGGACUUCGAGCGACAGCAAAGUCUUGACGAACAGCGGCAAAAGGAAGAGCAGUUGCGGAGGCUAGAGCAGCAGAAUCAGGAACUACAGAAGAAGGUUCAAGAAUUCGAGGCACAGCGACGCUUGGAACAACAGCGGGAACAAGAGCGUUUGGAGCAACAGCGACUCGACAAGGAGCUUGAUGAGAUGCAGAAGGCUCGGUCCCAACAGCACAAAGAGAAGAUGGCCGGGGAAAAGAAGCGGCCCGACGCUCAGAAGAAGCCUGAGCAGCAGAGGCCCGAAGAGCAGACAAUGCUUGACGCGAAGAAGAAAAAGACCGACAUUCAUGGACCGCGACCCUCACACCACCCGUCCGUCCUGUCUUCGGACGAGGAAGUCGCUGGGUUAAAAGACAAGAUUUCCACACUCGAGAAGAAACUGGCGGACACUGAAGGGCAGCUUAAGGCGGCUGCCGUGAUUCGGCCGCUCGAAAGAAGCAUGAGCAAAUUUCAAUCGGAUCUUAGCACUCUCCAUGGAGACAUGAACACCCUCUUCGACUCAUUCCAGUCCAUGGUGGACCUGAUGACCCACAUGCAGGAGGAUGUCAUAUGUAUCAAGGAGACUGCCCAAGGCAACCAGCAGCAACAUGGUGGCAUCGAAGAGCUCUCGCUAUCCGUGGAGAAUGUUAAGGAGAAUGUCGCCUUGGUUCUGUGCGAACUCUCUGACAUUCGGUUGCAACAUCAGCAGCUGGAAAAGAAGGUCGUUGCAGCACCCUUCAGGGCUGCUCCCUCAAGAGACUCGGAAGCUCUAAUGACUGCCCUGACUACCAUCUCGCAAAAGGUCGACAGCUUGAACAAUGAGAUGGCCGAUCUGAGAAAGGAAGGCCAAGUGCAGCGGGAUAUUGCGCCUCCAACUGCCGCGAACCCUAGCGACCUUAAAGAUCUCAUGGGUAUCGUAAGGACGACCUAUGAUAACGUUGAUAUGCUCAAGAAUGAUGUGAGGGAUUUGAAGGAGCAGCGUGCUCGAACGAAUGACACAUCCGCCGCAUCGGGAAAUAUCAGUGGUUCCGUCGACGCCGAGCUUAUCAAAGCACUGUUCGGGGAGCAGAAGGCUCUAAUUCAGAGUCAGAACCAAAGACUGGACAGGAUGGCAAAGGAGAUUUCGAGCCUACAAACUCAGGUGUAUGCUUCUGGCAGGACUCAGCCUCAGCCGAAGAACUUGAAGCAGGCCAUGGCGGCUGCGGAGAAAGACUUGCAGCACCAUCUCAUCACGAUGCAGAGUUACCGAAACAAGAUGGCCGAUCAAAGGAACCCACCAUCGACUGUCUUAACGAUGGCCGACAUGUGUCAGACAUUGGAAGCAUGUAUCCAGUAUUCUAAGGCCGGACAAAAGUGA